GAAAGUUUGACUUUUUUGACUUUGUCACAUGUGUCAUGUCUCUCUCCGGUCUCCCUCUGACCAAAAUCAAAGACGGCACUCCGCCUGAAGAGCUCCUAGCCAUCAAUGCUGGCGGUUUUGGCCGGUGGCAAAUCAGUGUCGUUUGUAUAACACUCCUCUGUAUCUUAUUUCACGGUUUCGACGUCUACACCUCGAAACUUGCAACCCCAAUUCCCUUAAAUUACACCUGUUCCGCUCCAAACAGCAGUCGGUGUUUCUACGCCAAUGGUACCAAAUGCCAACACUUUAAUUUUUCCAAAGAGUACGAUAUUUACACCUACGCCGAGAAAUUUAAUCUGGUUUGUGAGGAUGAAAUUCUGGGCUCUUGGGUGAAAAAUUGUUUUUGCGUUGGGGUUGGUAUAGGUUUUCUUUUGACCGGAUGGACGGCAGAUAAAUACGGACAAAAAAUAACAGCCAUGGUUUUCAUACCGUUGCAAUGCUUAUUGGGGGUUUUUCUAAUCAGUAUUAACAACUUUUCAAUGAUGUUGUUUUUUGUUGUGGUGCAGGGAAUUUGCUCUACUUGCACUGUUUUACUUCCGCGAAUAGCAGUGUGCGAAGCGGUGGGUAAUAAAUGGCGAACCUUCAUGUUGGGUUUUGUAAUGGUGCCAUUACCGAUUGGUUUAAUAAUAUCUCCAUAUUUGUUUAUUCUCUUGAGUGACAUAAACAAAGUUGUUGCAGUCGUUUCCGUACUGCCAUUAUUACUUUUAGUCCCCAUACUGUACUUUAAAGAUUCUCCAAACAAGGUUCUAGUGACUCAUGAUUUUAAAAGAGUGGAAGAAUCGGUUCGAAAGAUAGCUCAAUUUAACAAACAGCCUUUGCCGAAUGACAUCAGAAUACGUCCAGUUCAGUUAACUGAAAAUGCCCCACCUAGACCGAAUUUAUUUCCGAUUAUUUGGCAACAUUCCGAAACACGAAAUAUCUUCUUUGCAAUCACUAUACAUUUAUUUUUUAUUGGAUUCACAAUGGAUUUACUACUUCUUAAUCUUUACCACGUUUAUUCUCAGAUCUACAUUUAUGGUAUAUUUGCGAUUUUCGCCAUGAUCACUGGAAUUGCUUUGGCUCACUUUGUAAAAAUUAGUACAAUCAUUGCAGUUAGUUGUGUUUUGAAGGAUGUUAUUCUUUGUGUUAUUUUUUUAAGCGACGACUUCAGCUAUAUUAAAAUCAACGGAGGAAUCAUUUUUGGACUUAAACUUUUUGCGACAUUUCUACAUUUUGUGGCAUAUAUUGUUUCGGAUAAUAUAACAACACGAAUAUUUCCUACCGAUUUCAGAGCGCAAGGAGCUAGUUUUACUCAUGGUUUAUUUUUCUUGGGCAAUUUUCUCGGUUCUGUUAUGCUUACUUAUUCAAAGGGAAACUUAUUUAUUUGGCCAUACAUAGUUAUUAUAGGAUUUAUAGCACCCAUUGCUGAAGUUACUUGUUCUUUUUGGUUUUGGGAUGUACAUAAUCGAGAACUUCCUGAUUUUUUUGAAGACGCAGUAAAUUUUAAACGGUAUUAUAAACCUGUGAGGUAUGUGGGUAUCGAAAAUAAAUUUGCUACGCUACGUGAAAAAGAAAUAAGAUCUAUAGAUCUAAAUAACCUUUCGAACAAUUUAAGGAAAUAGUUUUGUUAAAUACGACAAUAAAACUUCUAAUUGUUACGCCACUGCUUUUAUUUUGUCUGUGGAAGUUGUAAAAACGGCGACAUCUACUGCUUAUCUUUCUCAAAACGCUAAAGUUUGUG